AUGAAUUCGAGUGGCAGAGCUGUGGACACACAGCACACCCAGUAUAACCCAGUAGAUGUUGGAACCCUACCAUCCAUUGUUUUCCUUGUUAUUCUCAUGGUCAUUGGAACAGUAGCCAACGGUCAUGUUUUCGGAAUCUUUCUCUUACGUUAUAAGAGUAAUAGUAAAUCAACAUAUGUCACUUUCGUUCUUGCCCUGGCUUCAAUUGACCUACUCAUCUGCGUUUGUGAUCUUCCAUUAGAGAUAUUGGAUCUGAGAUACCCAUAUGACUUCUACAGUGCGACAGGAUGUAAAUUAUAUAAACUUGUGAGUGCAACACUAAUUUUAAGUUCUGUAUUUACUUUGACCCUCUUGUCACGUGAUCGUUUCAAACGAAUUCGCUAUCCUUUAAGCUCACAAUGGUCGAAUUCCACAUGCAGACGGUACAUAGCAGCAGUGAUAUUAUUAUCAUUUAUUCUCUCUGCUCCCGUUAUUUACAUCCACGGCCUACGUAAGGCAAAACUCUCUGACGGUACCGAAGUCGAGCGGUGUUUCUUUGAAGACGACGUUGAAGAGAAAUUUAACCUGCCUUUGAUAUAUCUUUCUGUACUUUACUUAAUUUUUAUUGUUUGUUUGUUCAUCUUAAUCAUGAGUUAUACUUGUAUAUGGAUCUCAGUUUAUCAGAGCAGAAGGUUCUUUUACCAAGCAGGCAACAAAAGAGAAGAUGCAUCAUUAUCAAAUAUUACCGAGGAGUUUCAAACUGUUUCACGUUCUUCAGCAUCUACUGCAGGUCCCGAGCAGGUAGUCUCUACAAACUCCGUAGCUGACUCAAUAGAAAUUGAUUUAAAAAAUGAGAAGAAAGUUGACAAAACGGCAACUUCUCACAGUUUGAUGGAGUUUUCAGGAAGAUUACGAUCAAUGAAUGUGGUACCAAAAAUUCAAAGGAAGAGAAAAGUGUUGGUCGGCAAUCAUCGUUCAUCAGUUAUCAUGUUUAUUAUAACUUCCAUCUUCAUUUUCGUCUUCCUACCUUAUCUUGUGCUUGGGGUAUUUUUGUGUUUAAAAGAAAACUUUAAAGCUAACAUGAAUGAGGUAGAAUUAAGUGUAUAUCGCCUUUCUAUGCGACUAAUAUUUGUCAACAACGUUGUUAAUUGUUUUGUGUAUGGUAUUUUCGACCCCCGAUUCAAGAAGGCCUGUAAAGAAUUUUAUAAAAAAUGCUUUACAUUUUAA